AUGGGGCAAAGCUGCUUUUUUUUCUGUAAUCGUCGCAUGUCAACCAUUCUGCCAUCUUUAUUUUCCUACCUGUUGUUUUGGCCCUCGUCAACUGCUCACUUUAUAUAUUUAUAUAUUUCUAACUUACACCAUCUUUAUCACUUUUUUCCUCGUCUCUCCUUUCUCACGUUAUUCUCUAUAAUUCUCUCUCUCUCUCUCUCUCUCUUUCUCUCUCUCUCCCCACCAUAUCUGUUUUCACAAACAUUCUCAUUUUUUGCAACCUCUUUCACUUCCACCAGCAGUAUCUCUCAUUGUCUCUCCCUCAUCUCCUAUCUAUCUAUCUAUCUAUCUAUCUAUCUAUCUAUCUAUCUAUCUAUCUAUCUAUCUCUCUCUCUCUCUCUUUUAUAUAUAUAUAUAUAUAUAUAUAUAUAUAUAUAUAUAUAUACACCAUUUGAUAUCUAUCUAUCUAUCUAUCUAUCUAUCUAUCUAUCUAUCUAUCUAUCUAUCCCAGUCACUUUCAUAUCUAUCUAUAUAACUAUCAAUCUAAUUAUCUAUAUAUUUAAGUCUCUUAUAUUUCUCUCUGCCUCAGUUUCUUUAAUAUCUAUCUAUCUAUCUAUCUAUCUAUCUAUCUAUCUAUCUAUCUAUCUAUCUAUCUAUCUCAGUCCCUUUCAGAUCUAUCUAUCUAUCUAUCUAUCUAUCUAUCUAUCUAUCUAUCUAUCUAUCUAUCCCAAUCUAUCUAUCUAUCUAUCUAUCUAUCUAUCUAUCUAUCUAUCUAUCUAUCUAUCUAUCUAUCUAUCCCAGUCCCUUUCAGAUCUAUCUAUCUAUCUAUCUAUCUAUCUAUCUAUCUAUCUAUCUAUCUAUCUAUCCCUCUUUAUGUCUUUCAUACAUUAUUUCUUUUGUAAUGACCAAAAUCAAUUAACAGUCACCCCUCAAACCGAACAAGUUCUUGUUUUAUAUUUUUCUCUUGCUCCAGUUCUGAAUCUUUAUUUCUUUUCUUUCACACCGUCACUCUGUCUAUUUCACUCACCAUCGAACAAAAUAUUUCUUUUUCUUUUUUUUCUUUUUCUCCUGCUCUCUUUUUGUUCAUUGCUUUAUUUCAUUUUCUUUUUUCUCUCCCUCUAG